AUGGCGGCAUCUUCAGAUAACCAAACCCUUCCUACCGAAACCCUAAUCCCCUCCGUUGAACAAUCCAACGGCCACGAUUCCACCGAACAACCCCAUCAAAUUCCCCCAGAACAAUCAGAGCCGUCCCAUCCUCAACCAACUGUCUCACUCGAACCAGUCGAGAAGCGAAAGAGAGCCGAAGAAGAAGAACAAGCUGUGCACCCUUUAUGGAAGACGAGCCUCUGCUCCUACUUCCGGCGAUCGAGCGGGUUGUGCAGCCACGGCGAUGCUUGCCGGUAUGCCCACAGCGAGGAGGAGCUCCGAAUCCGACCCGACAACACGUGGGACCCGAGCUCCGAGCGGGCCAAGAAGGUGUUGAAGACCGAGAAUGGAGAGAAAUCGAAGCCAGUUGAGGUUGAAUGUGAUGUUCUGAUGACGGACGCUCUCGACGGCGAUUCUUCGGACCCCGCUCUCUCCAAGUGCAUGGUGAAUCUCCCCAUGCGGUGGACUUCGGACAAUAUGCGAAAUUUUCUCCGCGAACAGGGAAUUGUAUAUAAAUCAGCAAAGAAAAAGAAAGGCAUGAAAGCAGGUUUCGUGAAUUUUGAAAAUGAAGAACAAGUGAAAAGAGCAAUGGAGGAGCUGGAUGGAAGAUGUGUUGGCAACCAGAAUUUAAAGGUUGUAGAUGUUGUUCCCCGAUCAUUUGAUAACAAAACUAAAUUCGCAGUGCCUACCCCUCAAAGUUCCCAACAAACUAUAAAGCCAGCAUUAGUUGGUGACAAUAAUGAGGUAUCUACAUCUUCAAAUGGGUGCGAAGAUGGUGAUACAAGUGAUGAUAUUGUCACACUUGAUUAUUCAGCUUCAAAGGCAAGAAGUGUCCGUGAUGUAGUGACUCCACUUGCACAUAUGCCUUACGUUGAUCAGCUGGAGCACAAGAAGAAUAAUCUCACUCAAAUUCUCAAAAGACUUACUCGCAAUGCACGUAAAGCUUGCCCAAAGGGUGUUUCACUUCCAGAGUGGAUUCUUAGAUCCAGGGAAAUAGGGGGUCUUCCAUGCAAACUAGAGGGUAUAGUCGAAUCACCACUUGUAAAUGGAUACCGUAACAAGUGUGAAUUUUCGGUUGGAUAUUCUGUACAGGGAAAACCAACUGUGGGGUUUAUGCUUGGGAACUUCAGGGAGGGUGUGACAGCUGUUGAAGAACCUACGAACUGCCCAAAUGUUUCCACAGUUGCUUGUAAAUAUGCUGCAAUAUUUCAAGAGUUUCUACAAAGUUCAGGCUUACCGAUUUGGAACAGAUUUAAUAAUUCUGGAUUCUGGCGCCAGUUAACAGUUCGAGAAGGACGGUCUCCAGGCAAGGUUGCUGAGGUUAUUUCAGAGGUUAUGCUCAUUGUCCAGGUUUGCACAUUGCACUUUGAUGAUGAGUUAGUAAACAGUGAAUUUGAGAGGAUGGCUCAAGCAUUUGCUGUGGGACCUUCUGCUGAUUCUCCUUUGCCUCUAACAUCAUUGGUAGUUCAGGAUCACCAGGGAAUAUCAAAUGCAGCACCAGCUGAUGCUCCAUUGCGCUCAAUUCCUAUUCCUAAAGCAGAAAGUGACUCCAGACAUGAGGUAGCAAUUGAUGGUGUAGAAGCGAGGAUUCAUGAUUAUAUAAGCAAUCUUCGGUUCUGUAUAUCCCCAACAGCUUUCUUUCAAGUGAACACUCUUGCUGCAGAGAAGCUAUAUUCACUGGCUGGGGAUUGGGCUGGCUUAGGAACUGAUACCUUGCUUUUUGAUAUAUGCUGUGGGACUGGAACAAUUGGCCUAACCUUAGCUCACCGUGUUGGUAAGGUGGUUGGCAUUGAAAUGAAUGCGUCUGCAGUCUUGGAUGCUGAGAGGAAUGCUGAAAUUAAUGGCAUAAAAAACUGCAGAUUUGUUUGUGCAAAGGCUGAGAAUGUCAUGGGAUCUCUUUUAAAGGAGUACCUAAAUUUGCCUCAGAAACAAGAUGAGAUUGCAAAUUCCUCUGAAAAAAACAAUGAAGAACCAGUUUACAUUGAAGAGAAAGGUACCUCCUUGGACAAUACACCAGACUCUGAAGACAGUGCAAGCCUUGAGCUUGAAAAUGGUAAAAGUGAAUCUGGGUGUGUUAGCAGGCCAGGACUUGACAACCAACCUCAGAACAGUUGUACUUCAGAAAAUAAUACUUUAACACAUCAAUUCAAAAAUGUUGUUGCCAUUGUUGAUCCUCCACGUGUUGGACUUCAUCCAACUGUGAUCAAAGUGCUGAGAACUCAUCCACGUUUAAGGAGGCUUGUUUACAUUUCCUGUAAUCCCGAAAGCUUAAUGGCAAAUGCUAUUGAGCUCUGCACACCAUCUGCUGAUAAAACUGGGAAAGGGAACAAGAACAACUGGGGAUGGAGGAACAUGAGCAGUGCUAGUUUGGCACGGCAUAGGGCUAAAUCAAUGCCCAACUCAGAGCCUUUCCAACCCAUGAAAGCGAUGGCAGUUGAUCUUUUCCCUCAUACUCCACACUGUGAACUGGUAAUGCUUCUGGAGAGGUAAAUAACCCAAAUCUCUUCAGAGAUGAUCUUUAUUUAACAUGCUUGCUUGAAGUUUUUGUCAAUUUUUUUCCUUUUUUGUCCCUUAAUGUAAAGUGAAUGGUUCUGCAGACCUGCGAAAUUUUUGUAUUUAAAUCUAAAGUAACAUAAUGAAAUUUUCCAAUCGCAAGAAGGA